UUUACAGGUGUGGGAGGUGGGAGAGAAGCUGGGGACCCAGAGUAGAGGAUGGCUUAGUGACGACCUGCCCCAGGGGAAGGGGCUGUGUGGGUAUGAAGAGGGAGGGCCACUAACGAUACCAAAAGAGGAUGGUAAACCAACCCUUCCUGCAGUUCCUGCAGUUCAGCAGUGAUCUGGCCUAUAUCUUGGCAUCCAGAAAAGACAGAAGGUUCCUUACUAAAAGCAGAGGAGGAAACGGGCCUGCGGAGGCUCAUCAGGAGGGUGGCUCAGGCCAGUCUCCACUGACACCCGUGUUCUCUCCACUCUGCUGCGGUGGGCCACAGUCCAGGACACAGGCACCACAUCUGCCUCGGCCAGCCAUCUCCCUGAGGAGCCAGCAGCCUGUGUCCCAGGGACCCACCAGCAGAAUGUCCAGCCAGGAUUUGAGUAUUACAGCAAAACUCAUCAAUGGAGGUGUGGCAGGGCUUGUUGGAGUAACUUGUGUGUUCCCCAUCGACUUGGCCAAGACUCGGCUGCAGAAUCAACAUGGAAAAGAUAUCUACAAAGGAAUGAUAGACUGCCUGGUGAAAACUGCCAGGGCGGAAGGCUUCUUGGGCAUGUACCGAGGGGCUGCAGUGAACCUAACCUUGGUCACCCCAGAGAAGGCCAUCAAGCUGGCAGCCAAUGACUUCUUCCGGCAGCUGCUAAUGGAGGAUGGGAUGCAGCGGAACCUGAAGAUGGAGAUGCUAGCUGGAUGUGGAGCUGGAAUGUGCCAAGUGGUGGUCACUUGUCCCAUGGAAAUGCUCAAGAUUCAGCUGCAGGAUGCUGGCCGCUUGGUUCAUCGUCAGGGCUCGGCCUCAGCGCCUUCCUCCUCCAGGUCCUACACUACCCGCUCGGCUCCCACCCACAAGCGCCCGUCUGCCACCCUUAUUGCCUGGGAACUACUUCGCACCCGGGGCCUGUCUGGUCUCUAUAAGGGUCUGGGCGCCACUCUCCUCAGAGACAUUCCCUUCUCCAUCAUCUACUUCCCACUGUUUGCCAACCUUAACAACCUUGGGUUCAACGAGCGUACCGGGAAGGCCUCCUUUGCUCAUUCCUUUAUGUCAGGCUGUGUUGCGGGUUCCAUAGCUGCUGUCACAGUAACACCUCUGGACGUUUUGAAAACUCGAAUCCAAACCCUCAAAAAAGGCCUGGGUGAGGACAGCUACAGUGGGAUCACCGACUGCGCCAGGAAAAUCUGGAUUCAGGAGGGACCAUCCGCCCUCAUGAAGGGAGCAGGCUGCCGGGCCCUGGUCAUAGCCCCUCUCUUUGGGAUUGCCCAAGGGGUCUACUUCAUUGGUAUUGGAGAGCGGAUCUUAAAGUGUUUCGAGUAGAGAGUUGGAGCUCAAGUCCCUUUACUUGCUGCCAGCUCUCUAGCAUAUUCUACUUAGAGAGGGAUGAGCAAGACAUCCCCCAUGUCAUACUCUGUCCUCUAACCUGUAGUGCUACCUCACUCUCAGAAGACACACUCUUAUCCCAAUAAGCAAGCUGGGUAUGGUCCCGUUCUCCCUUCGUGAUAUCCGCAUCUGUUUUUUGGCGGGGUUAUAGCUACCAGGGAGCUUCAGAAGCCCUUAACCACCUACUUUUCAACAGCAAACAUAGUAUGUGCUUGGGGUGUAUUAACUGCGGGACCCUAACACAUAGUAAGAUAGAGGGGUUGUUUCUCCAUUUUACAUUUCUACUUCACACUCAAACUCCAUACACUUGAGUCAGUUUGAAGAUUUAGUGUUAUUUCUGAGUUAAAUAACUUAUGGUUAGUUCUAGCACUGAUUUGGGGGAAAAGGAGGAUCAGAAGUUCAAAGGGACCAUGAAAGCCCUAAAAGUCAGCACCUCGUUCAAAACCAAGCAGCUGAGAGAUUAGGCCGAUGAGCGGCCUGGGCUGUCAGGGUGGCUGUCCUGCACCACACAGACUCUCACAGAACAAUGUCCAUGGAACCUGGUUUUAAAUAAAACUGAUUAAACUCUC